UCAUUUCAUUACCUUGGUUCCACAGUGGUGGUGGCUGUGUUUUGGAAUUGUCCAAGUUCUUGUUAACAGGAAACAUUUGUCGCUCUCCAAUAGCUGAAGCAGUUUUUAGAAAACUUGUAACUGAUGAAAAAGUUGAAAAUAAGUGGAUGACAGACAGUGCUGCCGUUUCAGACUGGAACGUGGGGCGCUCCCCAGAUGCAAGGGCUUUAAGCUGUCUAAGAAAUCAUGACAUUCAGACAGUACAUAAAGCACGGCAGGUUACUAAAGAAGAUUUCCAGACCUUUGAUUAUAUACUUUGCAUGGAUGAGAGCAAUCUCAGAGAUCUGAAAAGGAAAAGCAACCAAGUUCAAGACUGCAAGGCCAAAAUCGAACUGCUUGGAAGUUAUGAUCCACAGAAACAACUUAUCAUUGAAGAUCCAUACUAUGGGAAUGAAAAGGACUUUGAAACUGUUUACGAGCAGUGUGUUAGAUGCUGUAAAGCAUUUUUGGAGAAGCCUCAUUAAUGCUUCAUCAUUUUAUUUCUAAAAGAAAAUCAUUAGCUUCUCCUGAAAUAUGUAAGAUUUACUUGAUUGGUGUAUUUAAACUGUAAAAUUAUGCCUCAGGAGGUCCAGAACUUUUUUAGUUUAAUUUUAUAUUUUAGCUUUUCUGUCAUCUAAUUAAAAAUAUAUAUAAAAGUUCUAAUUGGAUUAGAUUAUCAUUUUGUCACACAUCAAUGUAAUAAUAAAGUAUAUAAUUCAGAAUAAAUUUAUCUGUAAACUCUUCCAGUGCUUUCUCACAAGCACU